AAAUGAUUAAAAUCUUAACGAGAAGGUGGUGGAUCCGUGCGCGGAUCUAGUUUUCAUCAAACAUCACGAGCGUACAUCUGCCACGUCAGCCUAAUUUUGGGAUUAUUUGGUCGCUGGUACAAAGAACGAAUCGCUCUUUCACUCACUCUUUUUAGUCAACCGGCGGAGCAAUUUCAUCAGUCGUCAGAGGUAUAAAUGUCAGGAUCGAGUGGUGGUGGUGGUGGUGAUUCUCGGAGCAUAUGGUUAGCGCCGAAUCCGAGCAAGAGAUGGGGAGAGCUCUUCUUCCUCUUCUACACUCCUUUCUGGCUCACUCUCUCUUUGGGAAUCGUUGUUCCUUACAAGCUUUACGAGACAUUCACGGAGUUGGAGUAUCUGCUUCUAGCCUUAAUAUCAGCUGUUCCUGCUUUCGUGAUACCGAUGCUAUUUAUUGGAAAGGCUGACAGAAGUUUAUGCUGGAAGGACCGUUAUUGGGUGCCUCACACAACAUUCUUCAUGACACAUGUUUGCUUUCUCUUUUACCACGUUGCAUCGAACAUGACCCUUCGUAGGCUACGACACUCCAUUGCUGAUUUACCGGAUUCUCUGAGAUGGUGUUUUGAGGCUGCAUGGAUACUGGCGCUUUCUUAUUUCAUCGCAUACCUGGAGACUGUUGCUAUUGCAAAUUUUCCUUACUAUGAGUUUGUGGACCGAAGUGCCAUGUACAGAGUUGGAUGUUUGUUCUAUGCCAUUUACUUCAUUGUGAGCUUCCCAAUGUUCUUCAGGAUUGAAGAGAAAUCAAGUGAUGAAUGGGAUUUAUCACGUGUGGCUGUUGAUGCAUUAGGUGCUGCUAUGUUGGUAACGAUCAUUCUUGAUCUAUGGCGUCUCUUCUUAGGACCUAUAGUUCCUUUACCAGAAGGACGAAGCUGCCUUGAAUCUGGAUUACCAUGGUUCUCCCAUUGAAUCAAUCGAAAGAUGAUCGAUGCUUCGACCAAUUCAGAUUAACACCGGCCUGCACAAGAGUUUCCAUGACCGAUUUACGGAUUUUUGGGCAUGUUUCUGAGGUUUCUUUCUCACAGAUGACUACUGCUUUGUUGUAUUUUUCUUUAAGUUUUCUCUUUGAUAGAUUUACUUUCACAAUGAAGCCUUUGAAGUUAAUCAUUUACAGAACAGAAUGGUUUUGACCAAAAGAAACCCGAAUCUGAACUGAACCAAUUUGAUUUGAAAUUCAUUUAGCUAUAUAUACAGUAGUUAGGUUUUUCGGUUA